UAGGCGUUGCCGAAUCAGCGGGGCCCCGGUGACAUGCGAAAGGCCGCAGCCAAAACCAUCGACAUAUGUGCGCAGUCCUUUCUCCUCUCCAUUUCCUAAAGCCACACCGCCACUUGAGAAGAUACUGCCACACCCCUGUCCUCUGCCCCACUCUGCCUCAAAUGGAUCACGGCGGAGGAGGCCGUGGGAUGGCAGGGUACGAGGCGGCUGCGGCGGCGGCUUCCACCAACCAGAAGACCGAAAGCUUCGGAGGCUGUUCCAGCUCCAACAGCGUGAAGAAAAUUUACCCCAUUGACAGUCCAAUUAAGAAAAGAAAGUCACAGUAUGACCUCAGUGACACAAGGCUGUCAUCGCUGAAAUACAAGUUUCAGGACCGACCAACUUCACAGGAGGAUGAGACUGCAAGAACAGAAAGCUUAGGAGGUGAUGACAUUUUCAUCAACAAGAACUGUAAUGUGGACAUGGUCAAUGUUUACAAGGGAUUGGACUCGUGUGAGAAUACUCAAAGCCUUUUAGGUGGUUGCAUCGAAGUCGACUCCAUAAACGGAAUUGAGAGCCGGUCUGUGAGAAAAUGGGCAUCUGCAUCCAGCAGCUCAAGCAACAGCAUUUCAUUGGACACUUACAGUUCUUUUCAUAGCUAUGGCACCAAAGAGACUGACAGCUGGGUGAGGCCACACCUGGAGCAUGAUGGCUCAGGUUUGCUGCUGCAAGCAUACGAUGAUGACAUUUUGAAAAUCUGCUAUGUGAUGAAUGAGCUAGCAGGUGGUGGUGUCGAUGGUUCUGCUGAUCGUAUCAUGGAUGAGACGCUUUACUCGAAUGGCAUCGAUGAUUUCAUGAUUUUGCCAGCAGGCAAGAAUGGGGAGAAGAAGAAGCAGCUAACCAUCGAUCAAGAAUUCGAGCAGUACUUCUCAAAACUCAUGCUUUAGCGUGACCGUAACAGAGAAUUUGCUGCCUUGGAAGUGUUGAAAAAUGUUCUGCAUCCUAACUUAUCAUGAAUAAGCAAAUGCAAGUCGGGCCUACCAUUGGAGUCAAUUCUGUAUUUUCUUAACCUUAGUCUUGACACUGCAAUGUAUAUAUAUAUGUUUCCUUUUUCAAAGCCGUACCUUGAGUGACCAUCGACUCUUGGCUCCAAAUCUGCCAUGUUUGUGUAUAUCUUAUGAAGUUAUGAAUAAUGAAAAAUCUGGAAUUCUAAGCA